CAAUGCACAUCCGAUGAAAACAAAUAUGGCGUCAAGUUACACAUCUUCUCCUCGAUACAUUAAUGAUACGGAUUACGAUGAUGUCGAUAGCCUAGACUUGGAUGAUGAUCGAGAUUUUGAUGAAAAUUUUACCGAUGAAGCAAUGGCUUCCUUCAAUACAGAGGAUGCCAGUGAAACAGACAUGGUGAAGCGAGAAACGGAAUACACAGAAAUCAAAGAACAAAUGUAUCAAGACAAACUGGCACACUUGAAAAAACAACUGCAGCAGUUAGAAGAAGGCACUUUACCUGAAUACAUAAAGAAGAGGAAAAAAAUAGAUCAGAAUUAUAAGGAACGGAUUCGCAUCAAUGAAAUCUGGAGAGAAUUUGAGCUUGAUGUAGUAGAAAGAGAGUAUAUAAAGGAAAAGAAAGCAUCUGUCAAAGACUUUGAGGAAAAGAAAAUAGAGCUUAAAGAGAAUCUCAUUCUGGAGUUUGAAGAGAAAAAGAAGAAUAUAGAAAAUGAGAGAAACUCCAUGGACCUAACAGGAGGAUUUCUUCUCUCCGACUCCAUGGAAAUUAAACCUGUGACUACAAGAAAGCUACGCAGAAGACCCAAUGACCCGAUGCCCCUCCCAGAGAAAAGACGGAAACAGACACCUGCACAACUAAAUCUGUAUCUGGAUGAGGGAGACAUUUUAGACGAUUUACGAAUCAUCAACAAAGUUAGUGGGAAACCUGUCAGUAAGAAGGUCACCCCGCAUCCAUCACCCAUAGAAGCCAUUAUAGCCGAAGCCAAAAUUGACGAUGGGAGGCUUUAUUAUGAUAAAAGAUGGUUCCAUCGGAAUCAACCAGUAUUUGUAGAGUCCAAGGAUAUGGGGAAGUUUACAGGGGUAAUUACAGCUGUGGGUACACAAGAGAUUUGGAUUAGAAAAAUUCCAGACAACUGUAAAAUGAGAAUUUCAGUUGGGCAAUUAGAAAAAGGACAGAUAUUUUUAAGACGCAGGUGAAAGGUGCUUAUUAGUAUUAUAUAUGUAUGUGCUGAUAUAUCAUUACAUUGUGAAAAAAACGUCACAUCUGUUGUGAAAAUGUUUCUUCCUGAUGCAUUCAGUGAUAAGAAAAUUGAACACUGCCACCAUUAAAUGUAUUUUGUAUGAUGUUUUUAACUACCUAUGUGAAGUUUAUUUAUACUCUGAGAGUAUUAAAGAUGUUUUGUUAAAUAGA